AUGUCUGCAACUAAAUCCGGGUCAAGGAAGCGAGCAUAUGAAUUCGAACUCACGAAAAUCGAUAAGAGCAACCGAUCAACAAAUGAUAAUUUCAAUCUCGAUUUGGAUUUCGAUCUCGAAGAGAAUAGUGUCCGUGUUGCUAGAAAAAUUCGUGGAUCCAUAAUUUGCACUGCUAGUGUGGUUGCUUCCUUUCCUGGAGGUGCGGGUCACAAAUACACCGUAUCAAAACACGACGUUCUUGGGCUUGUUCAGUUAGCGUGCGGCGAGCUUGUAGCUUACAGGAUAAGAGUGGAUUCCAUCUCACCUUAUGCACCUGCCACGCCUAUGACUUGCGCUGCACUCGAUGUGGGACCUGCUGAAGUUGAAGCUGUAGCAUAUGGUUUUGUGAAUUUGGAGGGAAUUACAUUGAAGGCUAAUCAGAUUGCGGAAGCUGCUCUAUUUCUUGCUUCUGAUGAAUCGCUUUAUAUCAGUGGCCACAAAUUGGUCGUCGAUGGAGGUUACUCCGCCGUCAAUCGCUAG